UUGCCUUUCUGCUCAAUGGCGAAGGAGAAAUUGUCAAGAAUUUUCUACUUCACACAUUGCAAUUGCAGAGUUGGGAGAAGACUGUCGACUGCUACAGCCCAGGGCAAGGGUUGAUGCCUGCAAGCUUCAAAGUUAGAACUGUGCCUCUUGAUGGAAGCAAUGAAGCAUUUGAGGAAAUUCUGGAUCCUGAUUUUGGCGAAUCAGCUAUUGGCCGUGUUGCACCUGUUGAUUCAGGAUUAUGGUGGAUUAUAUUGUUGAGAGCUUAUGGGAAGCUAACGGGUGAUUAUGCAUUGCAAGAAAGAGUGGAUGUACAGACAGGGAUAAGACUGAUCCUUAAGUUAUGUCUAACUGAUGGAUUUGACAUGUUUCCUUCGCUGUUAGUUACUGAUGGUUCCUGCAUGAUUGAUAGAAGAAUGGGAAUUCAUGGUCACCCUCUAGAGAUCCAGGCAUUAUUUUAUUCAGCUUUGCGCUGCGCUCGUGAGAUAUUGAUAGUCAAUGAUUCUACCAAGAAUCUAGUGGCGGCCGUUAAUAGUCGCCUGAGUGCACUCUCCUUCCACAUGCGAGAAUAUUACUGGGUAGAUAUGAAGAAGAUUAACGAAAUUUAUCGCUACAAGACAGAGGAGUAUUCUACCGAUGCUGUCAACAAGUUUAACAUCUAUCCAGAGCAAAUUCCUGCAUGGUUAGUUGACUGGAUAUCCGACGAAGGAGGAUACUUCAUUGGCAACUUGCAGCCUGCUCAUAUGGACUUUAGGUUUUUCACUCUCGGAAACCUGUGGACUAUUGUUUCUUCUCUAGGAACAUCGAAACAGAACCAAGGCAUUCUGAAUUUAAUAGAGGCUAAAUGGGAUGAUCUUGUUGGCCAGAUGCCUCUUAAGAUAUGUUAUCCAGCACUGGAAGGCGAGGAAUGGCGCAUCAUCACCGGUAGUGACCCCAAGAACACCCCGUGGUCGUAUCACAAUGGUGGAUCUUGGCCAACACUUCUCUGGCAGUUCACAUUGGCAUGUAUCAAGAUGGGAAGGCCUGAUUUGGCCCAGAAGGCUGUUGAUUUAGCCGAGAAGAGGAUUUCUGCGGACAGAUGGCCGGAGUAUUAUGAUACUCGAAAUGGAAAGUUCAUUGGCAAACAAUCUCGGCUGAUGCAAACGUGGACCAUCGCCGGUUUCCUGACCUCAAAGAUGCUCCUAGAGAAUCCAGAGAAGGCAUCCUUCUUGUUCUGGGAGGAGGAUUUUGAACUCCUUCAGAACUGUGUCUGUAUGCUGGACAAAUCUGGUAGAAGGAAGUGUUCCCGCUUUGCCUCAAGAUCUCAGAUUCUUGUUUAGGAAAAUAAACUCCUUGUUUAAUUUCUAUGUUCUUCUGUAAUAACGGCUAACUGUAUUACCUAAUUAUGUUGUAUCAUUAGGGUUAAACUGA